AUGUACGAAGACGACGCAUUGAACAAGCUCGGAGUCGUCGGUGAAUGGAUUUGGGGCGACGACGAGGAAACCGCUGUCUUUGCCCAAGCAUACGGUCAUGGCAGGACUCUCAUCUUCCAGUUCGCAUCCGAUCAAGGACGGCCUUUCAGCUUGCCAUCUCGGAUCGUCAACUGCUACCACGACGUCCAAGUUACCGACCCAAACGCUUCAUUCGCCGAUCGACCAUCUAUGCGCGCUGCACUGUGGUUGGCGUUAUCUUCCAUUUGGCCAGAUUGCAUCGAGAGCCCGCAGACGGCGGGCUCCGAUGUCAUCAUCGACGUAGGCGAUGCUGGUUCAGAGGAGCCGGAGCCCCAAAUCUCCUGGGUUGCCCGUCACGAUGCUCGGUUCAACGAUUACCUUGACAUCCUUUCGCCAAUUGACCAACUUUCUCUUCAGCAACCCACGGAUACUAUUGACUUCAAGGCCCUAGUCCGGCAAAACCAGCUCGGCGGAAGGGGCUGCGCAACGCUCGUCACAACGGCGUCGUGCCCUCAAUCUCAAUUCGUCUUCAAAGGUAUUGACUUUAGAACCUACCUCAUCGAUUAUGAAAGUGGCCAUAUUUUAGACCAAGUGAAAACCUUUUACCGCGCUGUCAAGCUAGUCGAUGGAAUGCCUCAUCAUCCAAACGUCAAGGUUCCUGCCCCAACCUUGGUCACUAUACGCAAGCCCGGGGACCAUACUGAGCUUGUUUGCGGCACCCUUGAGGCUUUCUUCCCUGGCGGCACCCUUAAACGCCAUAUUGAAGAGUUCAAUACCGCUGGUCAGCGAAUCCCAUUGUCUCAAAAAGUGCUCUGGUGCCAUCAAAUGGCUGCAGCCGUGGCGCACACUCACCUGGUCGCCCACACCUACCACAUGGACAUCAAACCUGGAAACUUUCUUAUCGACGAAAACCAGAAGCUCGUACUCAUCGAUUGGGAACAAAAUGACGCCCCCGCCACGACGGCGGCUCCGGAAAUCGACGGCAGCUGGGAUGUCGAGCAAUCGGCUGAUGGUUCACUCUUGUACACAAAGUACGCAGGUCCCGAGCGGCGCAACAUGCCCGAUACAACGCCUGGACAACGCGGCUGGAAUGUCUGGAAUUGUUUUCCAGUAUGGGCUGAGCGGUGCCCAAAAGCGGCCGAACUGGCCGAGGUCUUCAGCGUUGGCCGGUGCAUGUGGAUGCUUCUACGCCAGCCAGAAACAGAUUUUGAAGGAAUCGAGAACACACAGGACAUACUGGAGGAUUGGACAGGAUGCGAAGAUAUCCCGGAAUCCUUCAAGCGGGCAGUAGAGAAAUGCGUGGACCACGACCCAAACAAGCGCAUGGGAUUGGAGGAGCUCGUUGCCUUUUGGGAAAAUGCUAAGCAGGCGGUGGAGGCCUAA